AUGAUGUUUGUGUGGCGUUUGCGUCUGAGAUGGGACGCGGUGACGGCAGGGAACUUCCGCAAUGGCAGAGGAGGAGUUGCCCAAGUCCAUCGCUUGCGUCUGGUGCUUUCCUCAGAUGGGCCUGAAGUAGCUGUUUGCGGGCGGGAUCAGUAUCGAGCGACCAAUUUCAAUUCCGCCGAGGUUCUUUCGUUGUCGGAGGACAUGGCAGGUAGCAAGGAAAGGAAGUUUGAUAGAUGUUUGGAGUCCAUUCGUUUCGCUAGUUUCUCUGUUUUCCCGCCACGGAUGCUCGCUGCAUUUCUAGGCUGGAAGCUGUGUUGCAGCCUGUGCAGGGAAUAA